CUCGUCACCCACCCACACAACACAAUGUCUGCUAUCCGUGCUGCCUCCAAACACUCCCGUACCAUUUCUGCCUCCCUCCGCGGUACCUCGUCGCAGACCCGCACAUUCUUCUCCCCAUUCCCUGCUGCCAACAAAUCACCUUUGGCCGCUUCAUCGUCGGCGUCACCAGCCACGCAAGCCGACCAACCGUCCACUGUCUACGUCGUCUCGCAGCCUGACGCAUCUGAGCGCCCGUACUCUGUCCCUGCGGGCGCAUAUCCCGUCUCUGCGCCCUUCAGCAACUGAAUCACCUACUCUAAUAUCAACAUUUGGUGAUGAAGCAGGGCCUGGGUGUCAUGUAUGUCAUGACCGGACAACGACGACGAUGAUGACGGGAGGCAUAACAUGAAACCGUUUCCAAUCCAGGAGUUCGGACGGAGACUUCGAUGUUGAGGAUGACUUGGGAGGAUACGCAAUAGACAUCAUGGACUCGGAUAGGGGCUCAAACUAUGCGCUUGGUUUAAUAUUCGGUUGGUUCUCUGUAACAUGCUUGCUUGGGAGUUGUGUAUGAUACGGCGUCGUAUUUGUUCUCAUAUUUUAUUCUUCGUCAGCUCUACUCUGCUGUGUUUCAUUUCGCAAUAUUCGUUGUUUUGGAUCUUUCUGGCGCUCAUGACGGAAUAUGACCUAUGCCUUUUGCUAUGCAUCUUAUUGUGUUGCACGGUUUGUGUCCAGAUCUUGUGUUUGCAAUGUCGAACGCGU